AUGGACGAGAGGAAGGUGCCUGCUGGUUUAGAUGUCAAAGCACGAUUAAAAAAUCCAUUGCUAGCUUACAAGAUUUCGAAGGUGGGGAGUCGAAAAGGUGUCUCAAGAUCGGGAUUGAAGCGAGCUGCAUUACAGUCCCUUGUUGUUGCUGCAUCUUGCGUCGUGCUAUUCGCUAUAUUUCGUAAAAACCUGGUGCUGAAUGAUUCACUUUUGGAUCAAGAAGGCGCAGAUGGUCUCAUUCGUAGAUUUUCUGACCCCGUCCUGAUAACUUCACAGCAUCAACAUGGUCAGAAAGAGGGAAUUAUUUCCACUCUAGAUGACUCUGAGGCCCCAUCUGUUGAGGGUCAGCUCGGGGAAUCCACGUCAAGUAGGUCCCCCGGAUCUCAAGGGCUGUACGACCAAGAAGAGCACCCAGCCCCACAAAACGAUGCAUGGGGACUGCCUUCUCUUGAUUAUUUUGAAAGCACACUUCAUUCGAGGCUGAGACGAGGCAGAGAAGCGAUUGCUGCCUGGGUGGCACGCUUCAACAACUCUCGCUACCUGAGUGGAAGUGCCAAUAAGUCGCAGCGCCUUCUUGCAGAGGCUUUAUCGAGCGGCGCUUCAGAUUCCUUGGUAGGAAUGACUGUUAUUCUGCGCGAUGCACGUCCACUAAACUGGAGUGACAAGGCUGGCCCCAAAAUUUUACGCAUCACAAAAGUAGUGGAUGUCUUACAGUGGAGUUUAGUCGCGCAUGCGGAAGACCUCAGUGGGAAGACUUAUACCUUCCACAUACCUGUGAUUCGCAAGAAGUGGGUUGAAGAUAUGGACGUCGCGCUCUUUCUACACAAGGUGAGAGAGGCGGCUACCGCGCAGACGGAGUCAUCAAUGCAGGCCUGCGGCAACCUUCCAGCAGAGUUGGUUGCUGCCCAGAAGGGCUUCGCCAUCCCCAUAUUCAGCACCGAAAUAGUAGGCAUGGAUCCGGCGUUUAGUGCGCGGGACUCUUACAUUUUCAACCGCGUAGUGCUGAUGGAGAAGUUCCAGGGGAACCUUGGCAUUAUAAAAUCCGCAGCAAGCAGUGUCAUGCUGGAAGCUCGCGAAUAUAUUGCUUCGCGGUUGUUGCAGAUAGUCCUUAAGCUCGAACAGUCGGGGGUUGGCCACAUCAGCAUUGACUGGAGUUCCCUGUUUUUGCGAGAUGACGGCACUUUUCUCCUGGGCAAUUUUGUGAGCGCCAGUCCCUUUGGAAAGCCGGCGUCUGAUUUGAUGAGCGCAGUUUCGAAUUACCCAGACCCAAACAUGGUGCUCCAGUCCCAAGAUAAUGGUAUUGCUCCCACUGCUGGAUCGAACUUAUGGACCCUAGGUGUUCUUCUUUUCGAGCUCUACACAGGCGAUUCAGAGCCAUUUGGGUCAUUGGAUGCAGCAGACUGGGAGCAGCAAGCACUGUCCCUCUCCGAAAAGUUGGUGAGAGAGGGUACGCGUUCUGAGGUUCUGGCCUCAAAGCUAGACGUCGCAAAGACCCCAACUAGAUGGAAACAACUAAUUAUACGAUUAUUGGAACCGUCUCCCGUUCAUAGAAUAACAGGCUUUGAGGUUGUAAGGGAAUUUGCGGAUCUUCUACAACUCCAUCAUCAGUAG